CGCACCGGCCUGGGCCGCGCUGGGCGUCUUCAUCGUUCUCGACGUCCUCGACGAAAAAAUCUCUUACUGCUAGCGCGACCACCCCAAUGGCCGUUCCCCGCCUCGCGCGCCCCCUGCGGCUCGCAGGUAGCGGCGUACGACAAUACACGUUCGCGCGGCAUGCUUCGACGCAGGCCGCCCCCGCAUCCAAUGCCCUCCGCACGGGCGCCUAUGCGACUGCUGUCGCCCUCGGCGCGGGGCUCUUCGGCGUGUACUACUUCGACGCGCGCUCCUCGAUCCACCAAUACGUGGUUCCUCCACUCGUACGCACGCUGUUCGACCCGGAGACGGGCCACAAGCUCGCGGUGCAGGGUCUACGGCUCGGAUUGGGCCCGAAGGAUCGCGAGCCGGACGACGAGCGACUAGCUGUGGAGCUCUGGGGCCAGGUGCUCAAGAACCCGGUAGGGCUUGCGGCUGGGUUUGACAAGGACGGAGAGGCGAUCGACGGCCUCCUUGACCUCGGCUUUUGCUGGGUAGAGAUUGGGAGCGUCACCCCAAGACCACAGCCAGGCAACCCCCGCCCGCGCUUCUUCCACCUCUCCGAAGACUCUGCCGUCAUCAACCGCUACGGUUUCCCCUCUCAAGGGCACGCCUCCGUCCUCGCCCGCCUCCGCGCGCGCAUCCCGACCUUCCUCCUUCCCGAGCAGCAGGAGUCUGCGGCCUUCCGCCCGGGCACUCUCCUCGCGGUCAACCUCGGCAAGAACAAGGACUCGCCGCAGGAGGCUGUGGACGACUUUGUCGCGGGCGUGCGCACGUUCGGCACCUCCGCGGACGUGCUGGUGGUCAAUGUGUCGAGCCCGAAUACGCCGGGAUUGAGGGGCUUGCAGGAGCGCGACUUGCUGAAGAAACUUUUGUCUGGCGUAUCGCAGGCGCGCAAGAAGCUCCCCGCGUCAGACUUUGUGCCCAAGGGCCCGAAGCUGCUGCUCAAGAUCUCCCCCGACCUGACCCCGGAGCAAAUAAAGGAAGUUGCGCAAGUCGUGCGCGCCAGUCACGUCGACGGGGUCAUCGUCAGCAACACCACCAUACAGCGACCGAAAGGCCUGCGCGAUCCCAAACGCGACGAAGCCGGCGGCCUCUCCGGUCCCCCACUCAAACCCAUUGCGCUUGCCGCCCUCCGCACGCUCCGCGGCCAGCUACCCGCCGAAAUCCCCAUUAUCGGCUGUGGGGGCAUCGCGUCCGGCGCCGACGCGCUCGAGUAUGCACGCGAGGGCGCGGCGAUGGUGCAGCUCUACACUGCGUUCGGGUACGACGGCGUGGGCACGGUGCGCAGGAUCAAGGACGAGAUCACCGAGCUCCUAGCGAAGGAGGGGCGGACGUGGAUGAGCGUCGUCCGCGAGGCGGUAGCAGAGAAGAGCUGGGUGCCGCCUGCGCCGAAGCCGCGGGCGAAGCAUGCGGAUACGGAGGCGGGGAUGCUGAUUGAGGAGGCGGAGGAGCUGAAGAGGAUGUUGGAGGAGUUGGAGGCGAGGUUGGGGUAGGGGUAGCUAUAUAUAUACAUAGCAAUCAAUUGACCCUCGUGAUGAAAAGCACUUUCCUUUACAUGGCUAGGCAUCCGCG